CCUGGAUCAGGUCGGGUGCAGGAGCUACCCACCACGGAAGGAACAUACCCCGGGUAUACAGUAGCACAAGCCGCCUGGUGCUAACCGCUGUCAGAGCAUCAUGCGCCCACACUCAGUCUAGUCUGCUACGCUCACGUCCUCUCCCUCUCUGUACCAAUAGAAGCAUCCAUCAAAGUUGAACCUCCCAGGACGCCUAUACUCUCCUUCUUUAAUGCAGCAGGAGGCGGACCCGGCGCGCCCUACCUGGCCUCACUCCUGCUGGGUAUCUGCCUCACACACCGCCUCCUGCUGCCCUGCCUCCUCCUCAGCUGCACCUCCACCAGUUGAUCGCCACCCAUCGACGAUUGCUACUAGUACAUCGCUUGUGCACCAAUGCUAACACAGUUACCGCCACAAUUACAAUUACCACCUCCAGCUCCACCAUCACUACCUCUACCAUCUCUGCUGCUGCUGCUGCUGCUGCUGCUCCUGGUACUAGUUGUCAGCAGGAAGUACUCCCGAGGUAUCUAAUGCCGCUGGUGUCCGGAUUUUAAAAAUAAUGCCGGUGGUAUGAGAACUUCUGCCUGUGUUAAGGUAUCGUUUAUAGCUUCUACUGAUAGAACCUCCGGAAACCAGAGGUUCUAUGUCUUAACACUGGGCUAGACGCCUGUACUUUCUGCUGUUACAUGUCUGUUAGAAGCUUACACGCAGACAUGUUCUAAGGGCCUCUGUCUUCUACUAUCGACAAUGUCUCUGGUCACCCUGUGGCUUCUCUUUCUCUCUCUCUCUCUCUCUCUUUCAAUCUCAUUCUUUCUCCCUCAACAUCUCUCUUCCUCUUUCUUUCCCCGCCACUGACAGCCACCCUUCUCUGACAACCGGCCUCCCUGCCACCCUUAACAGCCGCCCUUCCGCCCUUAACAGCAGCCCUCCCGCCCACACUACGACGUAGAGAACCUCAACUCCACAGAAAAACCUAAUAUAUAAUAAACAUCUAAAUUCCUACACUACUCACCGCUUUCGCACUGUGAAUAUUUAGUUAUUUAGCAUAUAAGGAUCUUCCCUCCCACACACGCCCUCCCUCCCUCCUUCAGGAUGGAAGGAGUAGGGAGGGAAGGACGAAGAAGGAAGGUAGGAAAGACAAAGAGGAGGAAGGGAGGCCAAUAUUACCAGCACAAUGUAUAAAAUGAUAAUAAUAAUUAUUAUUAUAUUUACAUAAAGCGCUAUUCCCAUAUGGGUCAUUUAGGGGAAGUAGUGAUGGAGGCUCGAUCCUCCGUCCGCUUCUCCCCAGACUUAGAGAAAAUAAAUAAAAUUUGAAAGGGCACGAUCUCAGUAA